AAAAGUCAAAAUAGUGCCAGAGCUAGAACAAAAUGUCUUGUAUUGUUGUCUCUAGCGAUGGGAAUUUGUGAAAGAAAAUUAUUCCUGGGUUGCCGUGAUAUUCAUUACAAUAGGAUUUCCUGAGUGGGGAGGGGCUGAGCCGCUGGGCUGGCUGAAUGAGGGAGACAGUGAGGGGAGACCAAUGGGCAACUGUUUCUCCAGAGGGAAGGGACGCCCUCCACCCCAGGCUGAACGAUCGGAAAAUUACGGCCCAGCAACUCAGAAACAGACACAAGAAAUCAACUGGGACAUGUGCGCCGACCAAUGUGUGAACCAACGUAACGGAAACAGUCUCAGCGAGCCUGUGCGCGAGAAAAGUGUUCGGACGUUUUACACCAGAGUGGGACGCGCGUCGGACGUGAAAAUCGGCAAGACCGUUUCGGAAACUCGUAUCAAUAAUUUGUUCGACAUCUACAAAGACACUGAUGAGGAAAUCCAGGCGGAGGGCAUUGAAAGGCUUUGUGCGGAUUUGAACCUAUCGCCAGACGAGUACCGUGUGCUGCUGCUUGCGUGGAAGCUGGACGCAUCGCAGAUGUGUCGGUUCACACGGGAGGAGUUUGUGAAGGGGUGUCGUGCGAUGCACGUCGACUCGCUGAAGGGAAUACAGAACAAACUGGCGGAGUUGGAGACGGAGGUUAGAGAAGACCAGACGGUGUUCAAGGACCUGUACAGGUUCACGUUCAGGUUUGGCCUGGACUCUGCGGCGGGACAGAGGAUACUAGCGGCAGACAUGGCCAUGGACCUGUGGAGACUGGUGUUCUGCGGACAGGAACCGGCUAUACUGCAGCGGUGGCUCAGGUUCCUCCAGUGCCAUCCGCAUAUCCGAGGCAUCCCACGAGACACGUGGUACAUGUUCCUCAACCUAGCGGAGGCAGUGGGCGACGACUUGUCGACCUACAAUGACGCAGAGGCGUGGCCGAGCUUAUUUGACGACUUCGUAGAGUUUGAAAAUGACCAGGCCAACCAGAACAUCAGCAAAGAAAAGGAACAAGUUAUAAAAGCUGAGUGGGACAGUUAGGUAAAUUCAAUGUCUGGCUGUUGGUAACUUUGAUAUCUUUACAGUGAAAAUAGUAGUUUUAGCCCUUCUCAACAGGGUGAGAAGGCAAAAAUGUGAUGAUGGCAAGCGAAUUUUAUGCAAGUGCUCCAAAUAAAAGGUAUAUAUAAAAUAAAUCAAUACAAUUAUUCUUGUUAGUUAACAAUGAUAACUUUGAAAGCCUGGGGGCAGAGCUCUUAGAGACUUAAAGAUUAGAAAUAAGGUAGAACCUUUCUAGGUAUACAUACAACAAAUUCCCAUAGUUUUGGACUGAAUCAAAAUAAAGAACUAAAAGACAAACUUUUUACCAUAUGCAAUAGAUUCUGAUUUUAAAGUAUGAACAAACAUCUAAUCCUGCAGGAAUCAGUAGUAUCACAUUUUACGUAGUGAACAAUUUUCAAAUGGUUAUUGCGCAAUUAGAAACGUUUAAUUGAUCAGAAUCAUAAAGUUUACCAAAUUAAGGUAUUUAAAAAAAUAAUUCGCCUCCUAAUGUAAAAGCUUGCUGUUGAAAUAAUUAGCUUUGAGGUGGAGGCUUGGAGGCUCCGUUUUUAUUUUUAUCGUCGGCAAAAUUUACAAUUAAUAUCAACUACCUGUAAGUGCCUGCAACUUUUAGUUUGAUUAAAGACA